GAUAACUAGUCAUACCUAAACGAUGUAUAAAUUACGAAAUACAAAAUUCUGAAUUUGAUAUUAUUUUAGUUGAUUUUUUGGUUAUAUUUGAAUGUUGAAUUAAUUUUAUUGCUUCCACUGAUAUUUGGUGAACAGUAUUCUUGAAUUCUAUUUUUGGAAUAGUCCAAAAGUUUUGCAAGUCUAAUGAAGAAUAUAUGUCCAGUAUUAUACGAAGGCUAUGUAACACCGUAUGUGAUAGAUACCAUAAUCUGUAAACAAAGGGGGCGUUUCGACUAGUCAUAUCUGACCUAGUUGAUAAUACAACUGCAUCGAAAAGUUUGAAACUUUGUGAGGAUAUUGGACGCUAACUAGUGAUAAUUAACUUGAAGAUCAGAAAUAAGGAAAAGGUUUAACCAUGGGAAGCUGUGGUGAAUGCUUUGCCAAGUUUGGACUCAUCACUUUCAAUAUUAUAUUUUUGCUUUCAGGUAUAGCUGUGCUUGCAGUUGGGAUAUGGGUCAGGGUGGACAAAAAUGUUGUGAACAUGCAGAACUUGGUCGAGUUCGACUCCGAUGACAAGUCCCUUUCCACAGCGGCAUAUGUUCUCAUAGGUUUUGGCAGUUUUGUUCUCAUUGUCAGUGCGUUUGGAUUCCUGGCAGCUUGUUGUGCUAGCAAAACCAAAUUCUUCAUUGUUGGAUACAUUGCAUUCCUGGUCAUUAUAUUCAUUGGAGAAUUCGCCGGUGGUAUUACAGCAGCAGUAUUCAAGGGCAAGAUUGACGAUAAUUUACCAGAUGUGCUAUCGGACUCAUUUAAGAAAUACGAACCUGGUAAAGGACAUCUUCUAGCAAAAGCCUGGGAUUACAUGCAGACAUGGUUGCAUUGCUGCGGCUCAGGUGGACCAAAAGAUUAUAAGAACGUCAACUUUACAUCCUUGACUCAGCACGUUCCGAAAACAUGUUGUAAAUUGUCAAAUAGUGACCCCGAGGAUGCAAAACCAGAAAACGCAGCAGCUUGUCAAAUAGAGGCCUUGUGGUUCCAAAAUGACACUCAAGGGAAGACAUACAGCAACGUCCAAACAAAGGGAUGCUAUAGUAGCUUGGAAGACAAAAUUAAAUCACACAUCGGUGUCAUAAUUGGAGUUGCAGUAGGCAUCGCAAUGUUUCAGUUGCUUGGAAUAGUGAUGUCCAUUUGUAUUUGUAAAAGAGAUAGAGAUGAUGGCAACAGUGUCUAUUGAUAAGGCGUCGGACGCUUUGAAUAAUUAGAUAUGAACACUUCAAAAUUGUGAACUGUAUAUACAUGUUUUAAUGAUAUGAAUGUGUUUUGAAAUGCGCGUGAGACAGCUGUUACUUUUACGAAAGAUUUAUUAUUUGAAAUCAUCGUUACUAUUGUAAAAGCACACACAUCAUUUUCGUUCGACUAACACUUUUCUACUUUCAGAUUUUGGGUAACCAAUGGAUUUUUCAAAACUUAAGCAAAUGUGCGAGUUUACUGCGUUCGUUAUAGACGUGUUUGAUUUUCUCUGGGAAUAUUUUUAUGAUCUGAUUUUCCUAUUCUGGUUGCCCGACCAAGAUAGCGUUAUUUUACCAUAAGUAUAAAUCCAGUAAACAUUUUUGCGGAAUCAAUACUAUGAGCAUAUGAACUAUUACAUCAAAUUUGUCAGUUAUUUUCAGUUUCAAGUCUCUUUUUUUUGUCAAAAUUCGUUAGAAAUCCAAGUUAAUAAAGUUAUUUUACAUCCCUUUGCCUAUCUCUGGAAGCAACAAAGAUAUGUUAAAAUAAAUGAAUUCCGACGCUAUACACUGUUUUCAAAAAUGCCGUUUAAAUAUCUUCGUAUUUUAUCAACAGUGAAUGUAAAAGUAGAAAUUAAAUUAAAAUCAAAAGAAAUAGUC